ACGUUAGCCACUGAGGUAUAGCCCACCAUGACAAGUGACAACUGACCCCGGUCGCCCCUUUAGUCCCAGUCUGUAUCUCACCACGGUAACGGAUUUGUGUUUUUCGUUCAUCACUUUCGGUUUAUGACUCAAUGAAACCGGCUGACCUGAUCCGCCCAUAACAGCGAGAAACGAAACUAGACCAACAUAAAAGACACUGACAGAUGGAAGAAGCACUGAGACUGAAAACAUCGAACCAGAGAUAUUAACAGCUGUAUAAUGUCCAAUCCAAGAGGAGGAGGUCAACAAAGAGGAAGAGGAGGCUUCAGUGGCCCUCAAAGAAGAGAUGGUUCUGUGCCUGGUCGAAGACAAGCAAGUAGGUCUCCCAAUCGAACCAGAGGAAGAGGAGGUGGCCAAGGCGAGGGAGGAGGAAGAGGUCAAGGUGACAGGAGUCAAAGAUAUCCGGAUGAAAAAGCACAAGGCUCAAGAGGAGGUAGAGGAGGAGAUGGAAGAGGUCGAGGACUGUGGAGAGGAGAAAACGCACCACAUCUCCACCGCCCUGUGAUAAGGGGACGCCCAACAAAUGGUCCCCCAUCCUUACGAGCAUUUGGGAGACCUGUUUCUGGGUUCAAUCCAACUCUUCUAAAUCAUCCUUUUCAGGCUCGUGUGAACCACACUGAACACACACACCACCAACGAGCCAGUAGAAGCAUGACGGACUUAAGUGCCAGUCCACAAGGUGAAGAACCUCAAAGAGGACGAGAAGAAGCUAUGAGAGGUAGAGGGGGUUUCGGGAGAGGAAGAGGACGAUGGAGAGACGGCACACCUGAGGUACGCAAACUGGGGUAUAGAACGCUCGAAGGUCUACUGGAGAAAGAAGCGUCCGAGGUGGCCAUCACCCUUUCAUCUAGCAGUGGGCUUAAGAAUCUGCUUGAGGAGAAUCCAAUGAGAAGCGACUUGGUGCAAUUGAUCUGUCAGGUUCUCUGCAAGGCCUUUCAGUCUCGAAUCGACCGCAAGAACGUCAUGCAUUUGGCCCACGUCUUCAAGGACUCGACGUUUUUCCGUAACCUCUUGCCCUAUCAUGUGACGGGAAUGAUGUCAGAUUACAAGCAAGACCGAAGGGAUCAGUAUCCCCAACAUGUGAGCAACAUCAUCAGCCUUCUCUCUCAUGUUCUCAACAUGUUUCCACACAGCUCUGUCCAGUCUGUGUCAAUGUUGGUUGCUCUUUUGAAACCAACCAUCAACCAGUUGCGUGCCUCUGGUGUGGAUAUUCUCGACAGUACCGAUGGGGACUUGGAGAAGGUGCAGGAUAUGGUGGACCAUCUCCAAGAGAAGUCAAGGGAAGGCACCUUGCGGACCGACAACUACUCUUUCCUGGCAGCUGAUGAAGAUGCUCCACCUGGGGAGGAAGACUUCAGGACGAUGAGCAUCUAUCCAACCUUUGAUGAGUUCCACCUAGACCAGAGGCCUUUCCUGAGACCCAACAUAAUGUCUCAAAGCUUCCCUAACGCUCGCAUCUAUCUGGACACACACUUCCGACUUCUGCGUGAAGAUUUCGUGAGGCCACUGCGAGAGGGCGUCAAGCAGAUCCUGCGCGAUAAUACUGAUGGGGUACCAAUAAACAAGAGGCGUUUUGAUGACAUCAGAGUCUACACUGACACCCGAUUGCUGUUACCACUCUGCACAUCCACGGGAAUCGCCUACAAAGUGCAGUUUGACCCACAGCCUCUUAAGUUUGUCCGGUGGGAAAAUUCCAAACGUCUUAUUUACGGAUCCCUUGUGUGUCUCUCCAUGGACAACUUCGAGACCUUCCUGUUUGCAACCGUGGCCGAUCGGGACCCAAAGUUUCUAAAGCAUGGGCUGGUGAAUCUGUCUUUUUCUUCUGAAAGCAGGGAAAGAAUGGCCAUGGUUCAGCCCUCAGACACCUUCCUGAUGGUCGAGACCACAGCUUACUUUGAGGCCUACCGAUACGUCCUAGAAGGUCUCCAAGAGGAAGACGAAAAUGAUGUUCCCUUUCAAAGGUACAUAGUGGAGUGCAACACUGAGGUAGAUCCUCCGGCUUACCUUCGGGUGGAGGGAAGGUCAUACGACCUGUCGUGCAUUACGGCAGAAGGACAGGAGAAGAUCCCACCCUUCAACCCCCUGACCCAACACGCCUGGCCUGAUGAGGAAACAAUGGGUCUCGAUGAAAGCCAACUUCAAGCACUAAAACUGGCUUUAACCAAUGAGCUGGCCAUCAUACAGGGACCACCAGGCACAGGGAAGACACAUGUUGGACUAAAGAUCGCUCAGGCUUUGCUAGAGAAUAAUAAGGCCUGGUCUCAGGAUUGUCCUAUGCUGGUGGUCUGCUAUACCAAUCAUGCUCUUGACCAGUUUCUCGAAGGUAUCCAUGGCUUCUUAAAGAAGGGCAUUGUAAGAGUUGGAGGACGAAGUAACAGUGAAACUCUGAAGAGUUUCGGUCUAAGGGAGCUGACCAGGGCUGCGAACUUCCGGAAAGGUUUGCCACAUCAUCUGAGGAAAGCCCAUCAUAGGAUCUACACAGAGAUGGAGCAGGCGGAGGAGCUCUUAAAGAGACAGACCGCACAGCUCGAGUGCAGUUUGCGUGGCGUUCUCAGAGAAGACUUUCUGGAAAGAUACAUCUCUUCUGAGCACUGGGACAGUCUGUGUCUACAGCCAGUGUAUGACGACUUUGAAAGAGUGGGGAAGAAGAAGAAGCAUUCAAUGAUAGCAGAGUGGCUCGGCAUCGGGUCCAAUAUUUCUCUGCAGGGGCCACAAUUAACAUUUGGAGCAGAUGAAAACGAGGCACAACUAGAGGACGAGGAACUGAUAGAUAUAGAAGAAGAGGCAGAACUGAUCCAGGCCGAGAGGAUAUUGUUGGAUUCAGAUCAUCGGGAUAAAGACCGGCAGAAACUGAAACGGGAUGAGAAAACCAUCGCUGACAUGGCUGAGGAGAUGUUGUCUUUGAACCUGAAUGAUACUGAACCUCAACCAGACCAGAGUCGCAAUCAGAGCCAGGCUCAGGCUGAGGAAUGGCAGGUGCAAGGCCACCAGAAGAAAAAAAUGAAGCAAAUGGUUCGAAAAGAGCUGAGGAAGACUUCCGCCCUGAGUGAGGCACAAGAAAGGCAUAUCAGAGAUGUGUGGAGCCUGAGUCAGAUAGACAAAUGGAAACUGUAUCGUCUUUGGCUUUUGCGCUAUCGGACGGAUCUUCGCAAUCAAAGCCUGGCCGCUGAGCAGCUCUAUCAGGAUGCAGCGGAGCGGCUAAAUGAGAUCCGCCGUCGUGAGGAUCUGUGUGUGUUGAAGCAGGCGCUGGUCGUCGGUAUGACCACAACAGGAGCUGCUAAGUACAGACAGGCACUUCAGGAGCUGCGGCCCAGACUGGUGAUCGUGGAGGAGGCGGCGGAGGUGUUGGAGGCGCACACCAUCACCACCCUCAGCAAAGCCUGCCAGCACCUCAUACUGAUCGGAGAUCACCAGCAGCUGAGGCCUAGCGCAACAGUGUACGAUCUUGCCAAGAAUUUCAAUCUGGAAGUGUCGAUGUUUGAGAGGCUUGUCAAAGUGAACUUCCCGUUUGUGCGCCUCAACUACCAGCAUCGCAUGAGGCCAAGCAUCGCUCGACUCUUGACUCCUCAUAUCUAUGAAACUCUGGAAAACCACCCCUCUGUGCUGGAGUAUGACAAUGUCAAGGGGCUUCUGACAAAUCUCUUUUUUGUGGAUCAUUCUCAAAGUGAGGAAGAGAUUAAGGAUGGACGGAGCCACCAGAAUCCUCACGAAGCACAUUUUGUUGUUGAGCUUUGCCGGUACUUGCUUAACCAGGACUACAAGCCCUCCCAGAUUACCAUUCUCACAACCUACACCGGACAACUUCACUGUCUGCGUAAGCUCAUGCCCUCUCCACUUUUCACUGGCGUCAAAGUCCAUGUCGUUGACAAAUACCAAGGGGAGGAGAAUGAUAUCAUCAUAUUGUCUCUGGUGCGCAGCAACAGUCAGGGGAGGGUCGGCUUCCUGAACAUAUCAAACCGAGUCUGUGUUGCUCUCUCUCGUGCUAAGAUGGGUCUUUAUUGUAUUGGGAAUAUGGACAUGCUUAGCUCGGUUAAACUGUGGAGCAACAUCCUUCACACUCUGAGAGAGGCGGAUCAAAUUGGUCCUGCUUUGACGUUGAGCUGUCAGAACCAUCCGGAUAAACGGAUCCAGGCGUCCUGCGGGAAUGACUUCAAAGGUGCUCCUGAGGGUGGUUGCGAUCAGCCCUGCGAGUACCGCCUGGAGUGUGGCCACGUGUGCACCCGUAUGUGCCACCCAUACGAUGCUGAGCACAAGAAAUACAAGUGCAUGAAAGAUUGUCCAAAGGUGAAGUGUGAACUGGGCCACAAAUGCAUGAAGCGCUGUUACCAAGAGUGCGGUGAAUGCCGGGUACUCGUAAACAAGAUAAUACCGUCAUGCCAGCACAAUCAGGAGGUGCCCUGCCACCAAGACCCUGCCACAUUUGAGUGCCAAGAGGACUGCCAGAAGACCCUACCAUGCGGCCAUCCAUGCAAGGCGACCUGUGGCGUUUCCUGCACCUCACAGUGCAUGACAAGAGUUCAGAUGGAGCUAAGAUGUGGACACGUCCAAAAAGAACCAUGCUAUAUUUCCAGGGACCACAAAAAUGAGCCAAACUGCAGACAGAAAUGUGGCACCACCUUGAAAUGUGGCCACACUUGCCCAGGAUCUUGCCAUGCAUGCUAUCAAGGUCGCCUGCAUAGAGGAUGCACCCACAAAUGCCAAGCAACCCUCGUGUGUUCUCAUCCCUGUCGGGAACCCUGUGUCAGAGAUUGUCCACCAUGUUCCUCACUUUGCGAGAACCGUUGCCUCCACAGCAUCUGUAAGAAGACUUGUGGACAGCCUUGCGCCCGCUGCAUCGAACCCUGUGAAUGGCAGUGCCCUCAUUACACCUGCACCAAGCUUUGUCACGAACCGUGUGAUCGCCCACCUUGUUCAGUUCCCUGUAACAAAGAAUUACCCUGCGGACAUCGUUGCAUAGGCCUAUGCGGAGACCCUUGUCCCAAAAAGUGUCGCGUUUGCAACAAGGAUGAGGUCACGGAGAUCUUCUUCGGCAAUGAAGACGAACCGGAUGCUUGUUUUAUUCAGCUAGAAGAUUGCAGGCACUUGUUUGAGGCUAAAGGAAUGGAUCAAUACAUGAGUCUCGACGAAGACCAAGCUUCUGGAUUGGAUCAAAGGGCAAUUAAACUCAAGGAGUGCCCAAGGUGUCGCACUCCCAUCCGUAGAAACCUUCGGUAUGGCACUCACAUCAACCGCAGCCUGGCAGCCAUCGAGAUGGUCAAGGAGAAGAUCAAUGGUUUGCCUGAUGUUAUCAAGCAAAAGCAGGAAGUCCUACGUUUGCAACUGGUUGAGCAAAUCAACUUGAAGAAUCAUCUUCCCAAAGAGUUCGACUCCAUUCGUGAGAAGCUCAACACAAAUGACCUUUCAUUACAACAACUUUGGCAUCUCGAGAAUUUGAUGAGCUUCCUCGAGAGCAUUGGGAAACUGAAAGAAAUGCAGAAAGAACGUAUGACACCACAAGACAAUUUUAAGUUCUCCCGCAAACUCGAAGAAGUUUUGAAAUUCCUCUUGGAUCGAAAUCAGAGGUUUUUUGACCAGCAGGUUGAAGAUCUCGAACGUGAAUUGAAGAGACUUUCCUACCUGGCUGAGCUCAACGUGCGCUGCAAGAAAUCUGAAUUUAAACUUUUUGACGACGUUCUUGCCAGCGAAGUCCAACUGUUAAGAGAGAUCCUGGAGGACACCUUGCCUUUCUCUGAGGGUCUAGAACGUACAGUCAAGAAAAAGUUCACAGAGCUGGAUGCUAAGCUUCCGGUCAGUGGCCUGGGGAUCACUGACGAUGAGAGGGUGAUGAUACUCAAAGCCAUCGGUUUGAAUAAAGGGCAUUGGUACAAAUGUCCCAACGGACACGUGUAUGCAAUUGGUGAGUGUGGGGGUGCUAUGGAACAAAGCAAAUGUCCAGAAUGCAACGCUGAUAUUGGAGGUACUAAUCACACACUCCUUCAGGGAAAUGAUGUGGCGUCUGAGAUGGAUGGUGCACAACAUGCUGCCUGGUCAGAUGCUGCCAACAUGGGAAACUAUAACCUGAUGGACUUUGAAGAUUGAAAUUCUUAAACCACUUUCACAAAGAGAUUCUGGGAAAUAUACUGAUCGUUUGAUUUUAUUGUGGUUCAUUCAUACUGGCAGUGAUUUUUUUUGGAAUCUGGAAUUUGGAAUGUGGCAUGUUUGCAGAAAUUUUUCCGCCCUUUUUCCUUGACGAACACAAACUUUCAUCUUUGUUGAUGUGAGAGUUGCACGAUAACUACGUCAUUG